UCCUAUAUAUGACUACGAAUGCAAUGUUCCAUAGAUAGAAGAAAUUUACAUCACAUACAAAGUCUCUCUUCAAGUAGAGUCAACGAUAAACUUAUUAAGCACAUAAUGCAAACAAAUGUCUGAAUCGUACAUCAAACACAAACUCAAAUAUUAUAAAAUGAUGACCACUAAUAAUUUGAGGGAAAAAAAUGAAGGUAAAUUACAAGAAAACGAUCGAGGCUGACCAAUUCAAUAAUCAUUUCAAACGAGGAGAAAAUGGGCUGCAACAACUCCAACAACGCAUGAAAGUGUUACGACGUUGUUUCUAACAUUGAAAGCUCCUGAAUCCGGCGAAGCCGCCAUUGCCGGUGGCAUGGGUCCUGGAGAAGGUGAAGAUUCCAUUCCGGAUGGCAUCGGCGGCGAAGGCAUAUCCGGAACUGUUAAUGGGCUUGGGCUUGUAGAUGGAGUCAUUGGCAUCAUUGGUGGUGAAGCCAUGGGCAUUGGUGGUGGAGCCAUAGGCAUAGGUGGUGGAGUCAUCAUUGGCAUCGGAGACAUCACUGGAGGAGGAACCGAGCUUCCACCGCCGCUAGACAUAGGCGGCAUGGACAUUGAGCCAGAAGGAGCCAUCAUGGGAGCUUGAGCUAAAGAGAAAGGAAUUAAAACCAUAGACAAUGUGAGCAAGAAGAAGGCUUGUGAAGAGAAAGAAGAGGCCAUGGCUAUGUGUGUUUGUGUGUGGAAUAGUCGUUUAUGUAAAGUGAUAUAUAGACAGAGAUAUGUGUGAGAGUAGUAAAAGAAAGAG